GAGGCGUGGUGCCGCAGAUCGUGCAGGGACAGUUCCUCCCGGUCACAGCAACAACACCGGACACACCGGAGCAGCAGGACGAGCCGCUUCCUCCUCUGCGCCGGGGAUGAGAGACGAGCGCACGGCACGGCGUUAAACCCGGACUAAACCCGGACUAAACCAGGACUAAACCAGGACUAAAGUGGCUGUAAACCAAAGACUGGACCGGGAGCAAAUCAGGAAGGAGAGAAAAGUCUAACCCGGGUCUAAGCGUGGAGCUGAUGGCGCAGGCGAACAUCUCGGUGACGGAGCGUCAGUUCCGGUGUCCGAUCUGCCUGGACGUGCUGAAGGAGCCGGUCUCCAUCCCCUGUGGUCACACCUACUGCAUGAGCUGCAUCGGCGAGUACUGGGACCAGACCGAGACCGGACUCUGCUGCCCUCAGUGCCGCGAGGAGUUUAACCCCAGACCCGUCCUGCGCAGGAACACCGUGCUCGCCCAGGUGGUGGACAAACUGAGGCAGAGUGAGACGGUGUCGGAGCCGUUCCUGGGAGGAGUCGGAGAGGUCCCGUGUGACUUCUGUCCGGCUGAAGCUCGUCUGCGGGCGCUCAAGUCGUGCCUCGUGUGUCUGGCGUCGUUCUGCGAGCUGCACGGUCUCCCCCAUCGCGACGUGGGCACCCUGAGGAGACACAGGCUGGUGGACGCCGUGGACGCUCUGUCCCGCCGUCUCUGCCCCCGACACCGGCUGAGACUCGAGCCCGAAGACGCCGACGAACGAGACGAACGAGACGAACGAGACGAACGAGACGAACGAGACGAACGAGACGAGCGCCAGCGCGACCCGACCGACUGGACCUGCCUGAUCUGUGACGGAGACGCCGAGGAGGCCAACGCCGAGAGCAACAGAGCACGCAGACAGGUGCAGCAGAGCCAGAGGUUGGUCCAGUCCAGGAUCCAGACCAUGGAGCUGGACUUGGACGAGUUCCAGCAGAACCUGGAGUCUCUGAAGGUGAAAGAAAUGUCGUACAUCAACACCGACUUAACCCCGACAGCGUUCAGUGAGCCGAGAUACUUCUCAGUGCUGACGAAAGUCGUCCGGCAAGUUGUGCUGGGGAAAGUGUGUGUGUUUCAGGUUCGCUCUCGUCUCGAGGUUAAGCAGAAGUCUGUGUUGAGUCGAGCUCACAAAGAUCUGGAGCUGAUGGAGAAACAUCUGGAGGAACUGAGAAAACGAGACGAGGAAAUGAGUGAACUGCUGCAGACGGACGACGGCCAGAGACUCCAGCAGGUACAGGUACAGCGGCAGAGUGACGUGUUCAUGGCGGCGCGUCGUUCCCUGAGCCGCCUGCGCAGUCGAGUCGACGAGCUCUGCCGAGAGGAAGUGGACGCCAUCGACAGGACAGUGAAUGAAAACCUCACCGCAGAUGGGGCGAAAGGUGGCAGACAUGUGAGUGCAGUGAACUGUAAACCUCGACAAACUCUGACGGCUUCACUCGAGUCCAGAGUGGCCCCGGUGUUGUUUCCUCUGUCGACUUUGUCUCUGGCUCCAGCCGACAACAGAAUGAGAACAGCUUUCCUCAGAUACUCGUGCAGCUUGACCCUGGACGCAGACACCGCCCACUCCACGCUGGUGCUGCUGGACGGCCUGCAGGGGGCGCACUGCGGGGAGGAGCCUCAGCCGUACGCGCCCCACCCCCUGCGCUUCGACUCGGUGGCGCAGGUGCUGUGCCGGCAGGGGCAGCUGGGCGGGGCCUCGUACUGGGAGGUGGAGUGGAGAGGAGGGGGCUGGGUCGACAUCGGCGUCACGUACAGAGGUAUCGGGCGUAAAGGUGGGGGGAAGCCGUGUCUGUUGGGGCGUAACGAGAACUCGUGGCGUCUCCGUUGUACUCACGCCGGUUACGCCGCGUGGCACGACAACCGUAAGACGACGGUGGCGGCGCCGUGGUGUCCGCGCGUCGCCGUGUUCCUGGAGCGACAGAAGGGGGCGCUGUCCUUCUACAGUGUCUCCGACUCCCUGCUGCUGCUGCACACCUUCACCUGCCCCUUCACCCAGCCUCUGUACCCGGCGUUUCGACUCGACCUCGACUCAACCCUGAGAAUCUGCCCGCCCGAACUGCCCGGGAUCUAACACCAACACCAACAAUACUUCUACUACUACUAUUACUAUUACUUUUACUACUACUGCUACUGCUACUGCUACUGCUACUACUGCUACUACUACUACUACUACUGCUACUACUACUACUGCUACUACUACUACUACUACUACUACUACUACUACUACUACUACUAUUAAAAAUAUUAUUGAUAGAAAACAAAGAAACACGUCCACACAGCAGGAUUUAGUCCUGUUAAAUCUUGUUUUAGAUCUGGUUUAGUAUUAGUUUAGUCCCAAU